UAAUGAUAAAUAUGAAUAAAGCAGAUUUUACCAUUCUCAUGGCCGGGAGUUGCUGUAACUUUGUGCAACCUGUUUGGUUUAGUACAAAGUGUUCUUCCCAGAAACGUAUGACAAAUCACGCUGCAAGACGCCAAGUUACUUAUCCGAAUGAUGGAUAUUCUUUAUUUCUUGGUUCAGAGCCUUUUUUAGUGUCAGUACGACGAAAAAAGUGCCCCUCAGUCUUCAUGGCUUUAUGGGGAAUAGGAAGUUUUCUGAAUAGGUUUCGAUUCUUUUCGUGGAAUAAGAAUAUAUCGUCUUCGAAGAAUGGUAGAAGAAAGAGAGACGAAUUGAAUCCUUACCGUUCUUUAGGAGUUUCUGAGGACGCUUCUUAUGAAGAGGUAGAAGCUGCAUACCAGAGACUGGUCAAGAAAUAUCAAGGCAACGAGAAACAAUUAAUCAAACUAGAAAUGUACAAGGAUAAGAUAUUUGAAGAUCAGUUGCGUGCACGAAUGGAAGGAAGAACCAGAGUAAAGGUGAAGGAAAGUCCGGCAGAAAGAAGAUUAUCACAAAAACGUUUUCAACCUCCCAAGUGGAUACGAGACGCCAUCAAAGUUCCUGAUAAGAAAUAUAUGCAACGUACUGCACUUGUGAUGUCUAUUUUUAUUGUUGCAGGAUUUAUUACUCCCCGUCUUUCCACUACGUGUAUGUCUAUGUCAGCUAUAGCCUCCAUAGCUUUCUUAUAUAACAGAGGACUACCUGAACCUCCCAAAGAUGAGUUUGGUAAUCCAGGAGAAAUAAGACCCACAGAUUGGAAAGUGGCGUUACACACAGUUCUGCUUUGUCUUGCCUUUGGUUUUGCUGCUUUGGCAAUUGCUCAAGUGUUUUUGUUACACGUACCAUUGCCAUCUUGGCUUUCACCAGAUGGUGUUGUUAACUUGUUCGUUUGCGUGGGUUUCUGGCUUUGCUGUACUUUUUGCCAAACGCAAGAUGACCAACAACUUCUCCGAUGGAAGUAGUUUCUCAAGCUUUUCGUAUAAAAGAGUUGACAUGUUUUCAUAUUAUGAAAUUCAUAUUUUGGUAUUGUUUUAAUUCCAAAUAGAUUUUGCUUUAUGGAAUUGCUUCUAUCUACACUUGUACUCAAAUGAUACUUGUUCAUAUUCCUCGCCAUUCAGCUCCCAUCGGACCACUUGCAAGAUUAUUGUUUCUUUGCUUCAUUGCGCUUCUCGAUGAUGAAUGAUGACCUCUUCUUCUAUUGAGUGUAAUAUUCACGAGGUGCAAAGCAUGUCGUGUCUUAAAAAACAAGCAAUUGCCUGAAGCUUAUCGAAAAUGGAGACGGCUCUUCCAUUUUGCGUAAUAAAUGAUGGCUUGGAAUAAAAUAGAUAUAAUGAACAAAACAAUUACUUGCAAUGACUUCAUUCGAGUGUCCGAUAAACGGUGAUGUUGAAAUGAUUGCUUAGUAAGCCGCAAAAUCACCAAGCAAGUCUCGAAGUGAAUGCAAAGGUACGAAAACUCUCAUAGCUACUUUUGUAAUUCAGUCAUAUAGCUGAGAACUCAAACAAAACCAAUAUCUUGACCUUUGCAAAAAGAGUUAUCCAACCACAAAUAGCUUUUAUAUUGCUUAAGUGAAUCCAUCCCGCUACGAAUACUAUUUA